AAGUAGUAAUAGGAUUUAUAGAAGGCUUACUGUGUUAUGCAACUGUCUGAAAGCAUUAAGCAGUACUUCAUCUAAUCUUUACAUCUUCUUGAUUUAUUAAAAACUGUUACUUAAAUUAUUUUCGGUAGAAGCAGAAAUGUGAUUAAAUAAUUGUGUCUAAGUCGUUCAUGUAAAAUGGUGUAUUUGAUGGCGGGUAGUAGACCCCAUGAGCUUGAAAUAGCCACUAAGCUAAAGAAAACUGAAAAUUGGGAAAGCAAGAUAGAGAAAAAAAAAGUCCAGAUCAAAAGGUUCUAGAAAGAUUCAUAAGUAAUAAAGCUCCACUGUAAGUCACAGGAGAUGAUGAAAAUCCUUCCUUCCAGGUUUAUUGACUUUUCCGGGAGUUGGAACUAUACUAUCAAUGUUUGAGUUCUUCAUGCCUUAACGUGGCCUUUAUUUUUAUUUACCUUUUUUCUAGAACUUGCACUCAGGAUGAUGUUGAUUUGAGUUAGAGAUAUUUAUUCCUCAGGAGUUUCCAGAGAUUUGGGCCUACUUCUGAAUGGCUGAGGAGAAAUUUUGGCCUUCUACUUUUCAGUUUGUAAUGGGAAACCCAGGAACUUUCAAAAGAGGUCUUUUGGUCUCAGCCUUGUCUUAUUUGGGUUUUGAAACUUACCAAGUCAUUUCUCAGGCUGCUGUGGUUCAUGCUACGGCCAAAGAAGUUGAAGAAAUUCUUGAACAAGCAGACUACCUGUAUGAAAGUGGAGAAACAGAAAAACUUUAUCAGUUACUAAUCCAAUACAAGGAAAGUGAAGAUGCAGAGUUACUGUGGCGUUUGGCACGGGCGUCACGUGAUAUGGCUCAACUUUGCAAAACCUCAGAGGAAGAGAAAAAGUUAUUGGUGUAUGAAGCCUUAGAGUAUGCAAAAAGAGCACUAGAAAAAAAUGAAUCAAAUUUUGCAGUUCAUAAGUGGUAUGCAAUCUGCAUUAGUGAUGUUGGCGAUUAUGAAGGUAUCAAGGUUAAAAUUGCAAAUGCAUACAUUAUCAAGGAACAUUUUGAGAAAGCAAUUGAACUGAACCCGAAAGAUGCCACUUCAAUUCACCUAAUGGGUAUUUGGUGCUAUACGUUUGCCGAAAUGCCUUGGUAUCAAAGAAGAAUCGCCAAAAUACUAUUUGCAACUCCUCCUAGUUCCACCUAUGAAGAGGCCUUAGGCUACUUUCACAGGGCAGAACAAGUGGAUCCAAACUUCUAUAGCAAAAACUUGCUUCUUUUAGGAAAGACAUACUUGAAACUGCACAACAAAAAGCUUGCUGCUUUCUGGCUAAUGAAAGCCAAGGACUAUCCAGCACACACAGAAGAGGAUAAACAGAUACACAUAGAAGCUGCUCAGUUGCUUACAGGUUUCAGUGACAAGAAUUGAGAACUUUAAGAGAAGAGAAUACAUGAAACAUCUGAUGAAGAUUGCCUUUUCAUUGAAUU